AUGGCGAACGGCGACCAGGACAUGGCCACCGACGAAUUGAUGGAGACGGAGGGGUUGAAGGUCCUUGCCGUGGACGACGACCCCAUCUACCUCCAUUCCUUGACGCAGAUGCUUCGGCGCUGCGGCUACGAAGUGACGGACAAGCCGUCACCAGCAGAUGCGGUGAGGGAGGUGGAGAAGAACCCGAACAGGACCGACUUCAUCAUGACGGUCGUGCAGACCCGGGGGCGAGGGAUGGACGGCUUGGGCCUCCUCAAGCGUCUCGGGAAAUGUUACCCAGUCGUACUCAUGUUCUCGGGCGAAGAGAGCAUGGAGACGAGAAUAAGGGGAAAUCAGGGGGGCGCUUGCUACUUGCUGGAGAAGCCCCUACGCGACACGCAGAUAUACAUCCUCUGGCAGCACGUUGUGCGAUGGAGGCUCAAUGCCGCCGCCGCAGCCACGGCAAACACUAACCCUCACCACAGUCUGGGCAUUCAUCUGGAUGACUCGCAGAGGAAGAGAGGGCAAGGAGUGAACGAUUCCAACAAGGGCAAGGGGGCCUCCGAGGGCGGACUGCAGCUAGGGACCACAAAGAAGAAAAAGCUCGAGUGGACUGCAGAGAUGCACGAAUUGUUCGUCAAUGCGGUCACCCAGCUAAAGACAACAGGAGAUGAGAAACUUUUCGUCAUCAAGGAGGAAGCUACAUAG